UCAAAAUCGUAUCACAAUCACUUCAUUCGUCUAGCAAGAACAUAGCAGCAGCUAGCAACAUCUAAAAUGGCAUUCAAAUUCGCCGUCUUCGCCGCCAUCGUGGCCGUCGCCAACGCCGUUGCCAUCGGCUACCCAGCCCCGUUGGGAGCUUACCACGCUCCUCUGGGAGCUUACCCAGCUGUGGCCAAGGUCGCUGCCCCGGUUGUUGCUAAGGUCGCCGAUGACUACGACCCCAACCCACAGUACAGCUACAGCUACCACAUUGCCGAUGCUCUGACCGGUGACAACAAGGAACAGCAGGAAUCCCGCUCGGGAGAUGUUGUGACUGGAUCGUACUCGCUGGUCGAACCCGAUGGCACCCGUCGCGUCGUUGAGUACACGGCCGACCCCGUCAACGGAUUCAACGCCGUCGUCCACCGUGAGCCUCUGGCCGUCAAGGCUGUGGCCCCAGUUGCCAAGUUCGCUGCCCCGCUGGCUUACCCCGCCGUCGCUAAGGUUGCCGCCCCGUACGCCCCGUACGGUGGAUACCCAGCCUACGGAAAGGCCAUCCUUGGUUAA